AUGACCCCAGUUCUCUCACCACCACCCUCGUCUUCCUCGUCGUCUCUCGCAACACCGUCGGCACCGUCGAGGCCUCGGCCACUUUCCUCAAGCUCCGUUCAAAGCCUCGCCGAUUUGCUUAUCAGUGCAUCCACUUCGCGUCUUUCAGACAGUUCCGUAGAGGACUUUCGGGAAGAGGGAUUGCGCCAUGCAAAGGUUAAAUUAGAUGCAAGGCACUACAAACAGCCCUCAUUUGCUUCUCAACUCCUCCAGAUUGUUAAGAAAUUGCAUCUCCGGGUAUGGUCCACAGCGCAAAUCCCUCCUGAAGACGUCAUGAUCCACAAAGUUUCCGGAGCUUUGACAAAUGCUGUCUUCUUCGUCUCGUGCUCUAGCGUGCCAUCCGCCAGAACGCUUUUGCUCCGCGUGUACGGCCCUUCCUCUGGUGCCCUUAUUUCCCGACCGCGGGAGCUCCAUAUCUUGCAUGUACUUUCGUCGCGAUACAAGAUUGGGCCUCGAGUGUACGGAACAUUUGAUAACGGUAGAAUUGAGGAGUACUUCGACUCUGUCACGUUGACUUCACAGGAUAUUCGUGACCCACAAAUCAGCGGAUGGAUUGGAGCUCGAAUGGCGGAGCUUCAUUCUGUGGAUAUUGACGCUGUCGACGAACAGAAGCCCAUCGACGACGACAUCCAUGGCUAUGAAAUUGCCGCAGACGUGAAGUCGCGGCUUGGAGCAGCCGAACAGGUGCUCAAGCUUUCCACUGUCUCCGAGGUCACCAGACAGGAACUCGACUUGCCGAGAUUCAAGAAAGAGUGGACUCGAUACUUGGCUUGGGCGCUCAAACAACGCCGGCACUUUGGCACCAAGCGCGUCUUCGCCCACAAUGACGCUCAAUACGGCAAUCUUUUACGCCUCAAGGACGGAAGUGAAGGAGUCGAUGAACACCGUCAGAUCAUCGUCGUCGAUUUCGAGUAUGCAGCACCCAACCCCGCUGCCUAUGACAUCGCCAACCACUUCCAAGAAUGGACCGCCAACUAUCAUUGUUCCACGCCGCACCUCCUUACGCCUUCACGUUAUCCCACGUACGAGCAGCGUCGUAACUUCUACAUCUCCUACAUCCGACACGCUGCGAUGCUGGCGGAGGAUCCUGCGUUGGAUGACGCAGCCCUUGAACAGCUCAUCACCGAGUUGGACGAGGACGCCCGUGUCUGGAGUGCCGCUUCGCACGCGAGCUGGGCAAUUUGGGGCAUUAUCCAAGCCAGGGAAGACCUGGAAGGUGAUGUCGCCGAACCAGAGUUUGAUUACAUUGGUUACGCUAAAGGGCGAAUGGCAGCUUUCCGCAAGGAUCUCCAGUCGUUCGGGAUUUAA